AUGCACACCGACAAGUCCAAAGUUCUUUUGUUUGGCAGCGGCGGAGUUGGUACAAUUGCAGCACUAAACCUCGAAGUUGGUGGUCAUGCAGAAGUCACAGCUGUGUUACGCUCGAACUACAAUGCUGUCAAAGAGAAAGGUUUUGACAUUGCAUCUUGCGAUCAUGGCACACUGGAAGGAUGGCGGCCUACAGAGGUCGUCAAUCAUGUCCCUAAAGCAUCGGAGAAGCAGUUUGACUACAUCGUCUGCACAACAAAGAACCAGCCCGACUGUCCACCUGCUCUGACUGAACUUAUUGCUCCUGCUGUCCAGCCUGGCCGUACAGUGAUCGUUCUUAUUCAGAAUGGGCUCAACAUCGAGAAGCCGAUUUUUGAGGCAUUCCCCAACAACAUUGUACUGUCAGGUGUGAGUAUGAUCGGAUCACACGAAACCGAACCCGGUGUAAUCGAGCAUGAUGAUAAUGACCGAGUACUGAUCGGACCCUUCCGCAAUACCAAUCUGAAAGCAGAAGACGAGGAAGCCGCUGCGAGGGACUUUGUCCGUAUCUAUUCCGCUGGUGGGAAAACCGACUGCGAGCUGCAAUUGGACGUCAACUUUGCCAGAUGGCGAAAGUUGGUUUACAAUGCUUGCCUAAACUCGAUCUGUGCUCUUACCGGGCUAGACACUGGUCGUAUUCGACUCGCAGAUGGUGCGAUUGAUGGACUGGUCAAACCUGCUAUGGAGGAGAUCAGAGCCGCAGCGAAAGCAGUCGGCGUGAAUCUGCCUCCAGACUUUGAGAACAUUGUGGGAGAGCCUCUGAGAGUGGGUACUGCUCUAGGUGUUCCGAUGCCGACGCUGCAGGUUCUUUACCAUCUGCUCCAGGCGAUUCAAUGGAGAACCAAAGAAGUCAAAGGCAAGAUCACGAUUCCGCCCAAGGGAACCUUUGUGGCUGAGUAG